AUGGCCAAAGGUCUAUCCCAGGACGUGGCCAACAUCUUCAUUGUGACAGAAUUCCUCCUGCUGGGUUUCUCAGAGUUCCGGGAGCUUCAGCUGGUCCGUGCCGCCAUGUUCCUCCUGUUCUACCUGGUGGCCCUGACAAGGAAUCUCCUUAUCGUCAUUGUCAUUUCCCUCGACCGCCUCCUGCGCUAUGGUUUCAUCAUGGACCGAGGGGCCUGGAAAUUCGACAUCAUAUCCCCAGAAAUAUCCAACAUCUCCACGCUCUUCUUGGUGGCCCUGUUACCUGCUUCGGAGUUUUUGGUCCUCACGGCGAUGUCCUAUAACCACUACAUCGCCAUCUGCCUCCCCCUGCGCUACGAGGUCGUCGUGAAACCAGAGGCUUGUGGGAAGAUAGCAGUCGCCUCCUGGAUCAGUGGAGGACUGUUCGGCAUCUUGUUUUCAGCUUCGAUCUUCUCCUUGCCCUUCUACAGGUGCCAUAAGCUCCAUUUCCAUUGUCGCCUCAUGCGUACACAACUUCCUGGCCGUCCCCACCUGCUUGCCCAUCUCAUCGUCGUCACCCUCUUCCUCUCCACUGGCGUAUUUGACUAUCUCAAGCCUCCCUUACACUCUUCCUCGGUGGUUCGACCUGCUGAUUGCGGCAGCCAGUGUUUUGGAGACUUCAUGACCUGCCCCUCCCAGAAGACCAAUGGGAGAUGA